CUCAGGAACUACAACACAAAGAUGACGUGUAGUUGUACCAUACGCUUGAAACGCUACGGUCAGACGCAAUCUUUAGAAGACCGGGCAUCCUUCACAGUAUAAUAAAUACAUUAUAUCGCAUCACUACAGACCGCAUAGUUAUGUCUGGAGAAGUGUCCAUGAUAGGUUCUGUCAUCCUCGCCUUGUUCCUGGCCGGCUACCUGGGCCAGCAGUAUCUGCCUCCUCCCAAACCCAGAGUGAUCGGGCUGGAUCUGGGGACCACGUACUGCUCGGUGGGGGUGUUCAACCCCGGGGUCGGCGACGUCGAAGUGAUCGCCGAUGAAGAAGGAAGGAAAAGCAUACCCAGUGCCGUGUCAUUCACCCUCACCGAGGUCCUGGUGGGGCAUGAGGCCCAGGACCUGGCUGACAGCAACCCCCAGAACACAAUCUAUGAUGCGAAACGAUUCAUAGGCAAGAUCUUCGACCCCAACCUUUUAGAACAGGAGAGUGCUCGCUACCCAUUCCAGGUGAUAAACAACAACGGCAGUGCAGAGUUCCUAGUUACCACCAAUCUGACAUUUACAGUCAGCCCAGAGUUCAUUGGCUCCAGACUAUUGUUGAAGAUGAAGCAGAUGGCUGAGAAACACCUGGGGAUGCAGAUAGAGAAGGCUGUUAUCUCUGUGCCCGCUGAGUUCGACGAAAGACAGCGAAACUACACUAUCAGGGCUGCUAAUCUUGCUGGUUUAGAAAUCCUACGGGUAAUCAACGAGCCCACGGCGGCUGCUAUGGCGUACGGCCUCCACAAGGUGGAGGUGUUCAACGUGCUGGUGGUGGACCUGGGUGGAGGAACGCUGGACGUGUCCCUGCUCAACAAACAGGGAGGCAUGUUCAUCACCAGGGCCAUGGCAGGGAACAACAAGCUGGGCGGCCAAGACUUCAGCCAGCGGCUGCUGCAGCACAUGAUGGACCAAGUCCUGCAGACGUUCGGCAUCGCAGUCUCUCUCAAAGAAGACGUCCACCGCCUCCGUCAGCACGCCGAUGAGGCCAAGCUCAACCUCACCCUCCAGCCCAGCGUCAGCGUCCGGGUGCCCCUGCAGCUCCAGGCGGCGGAGACCCCCGCAGCCGGGAAGCCGCCCGUCCUCUUCCAAAUGACCGUCACCCGCGAGGCGUUUGAGGAGCUCAACGCGGACCUCUUCCAGAAGAUCCUGGAGCCCAUCAAGACGGUGCUGGUGGAGGGCCGCCUGAAGGCAGAGGAGGUGGACGAGAUCGUGCUCGUGGGAGGCUCCACCAGGAUACCCCGCAUCAGGCAGCUGAUCCGACAGUUCUUCGGCAAGGAGCCCAACACGUCGGUGGACCCCGACCUGGCCGUGGUCACGGGGGUGGCCAUCCAGGCGGGCAUCAUGGGAGGUUCCUGGCCCUUGCAAGUCAGCGCCAUAGAAAUCCCAAACAGACACCUGCGCAAGUUCAAUUUCAACUAGUCACGGAUAGAGGCCCCCAACUCUCAGCCUAAAACCAUGGCAUAGAGGGUACCCGAGGAAUACGACUGAAUACUUUAAAGUGCAAUGCUUCUGAAAUUAGGCAGGUGUAGUCUCUGGUGAAGGUGCACAAUGGAUGAAUGCUGUUGGGUCACCAGAAUCAUUGGUAAGGGCAAGAAGAACCAGUCGCUUAUGGAGAUAUCUAUAGGAUGUUGUUUAAACAGCUAUACGUGGAUUUGAGAAAAACAUAGUUUUUAAUUAUUUGUUAACAUGUAUCAACAUCAUUUGUUACCAAUGUCACUGAUUCAUGCUUCUGAUAGUAAUAGGUGUUCAUUUUGGAUGUUUUCUAGUGACAGAUUGCUUUGUUGUACAUGUUUCUCGUCAAUGCAAUGAGAUGCCAUCUUUACAUUUAGCUGGAAGGUUAUCAUGAUUUUUGGCAUGGCAUUUCUGAUAGUGUGCCAUUCAGGGACCGAUCCUUUACAUAUAGAUAGAUAUAGAUAUUAUUAUACAUUGUAAAUCAGCCAGUUCAUCCAGAACUUUAAAUAUUAUUUAUUUAUUUAUUUGCACAUUUGAAAUGGGCCUGUGAGCGCUUUACGUAUGGCGAUACUGGCUCCCCCUCCCUUACUUUUCCAACAGAUGUUGACCCAAUGUGCGUGCCUUUUCUGAGCGCUACCAUAGUGUUUACUGUAGGAGUGAUGUGCCACAGGCUAGUGCUUCUUCAUAUGGCCUGUUAAUGAAGACAAAAGGCUGAUGUGUAACAAAGACAUGCUAGGACUACUGCAAAGACAACGGUUUCUCAAGACCUCAUCAACAACCCAUGAAGUAACUUAUAGGAGCCUACUUAAUAUGUUCUACAUUGGAGCAUUCAGCAGCUUGUCAUUCCAAUGUAUGUUUUUUUGUAGAUUGAGUUGUCCGUAUAGAUUGGCCAAUCAGCUGCUGGGAAACUGCUCUGCUUUGACAUGAUUCAUCGUCAUGUCAGAAUAUGAUGUUGGAGUUCCGCCAGUCAGAUUUAGUAUAUUUAUUUUUCUCCAAAGAGCUCACUUCUAGCAACGUGAAAGGUCCAACCUCAGCAAGCCAUUUUGAAGGCCCACCUCUGACAUGUUCCGGCUUAUUAUGUUCUCUCCAUUUCCAAUGGCCCAAUGGGCGACAUGCAGUUUUUGUGUUGCCUAGGAAACGCUUGUGGAAAUGUGUUAAUGCCAUGACAUUGUGUUGCUAUACAUGUUCGCACUUUGAUGUGAUUAGGUUCAAUUACUUCAAUAUGUACAUUAUCAAGGAACGUGUUGACAUAUAGUCCUAGCCACGAUCUGUAUGUUUCCCAAGGAAACGAUAAACUAUAUGCCUGCCGCUUUUAGAAUUUCAUUCAAAUCUCAUUCCGAAACUUAUUCUAAUUACGUAAGAUUAACAUUAGGCCUCACGCUGCCUCGCUUUCGUACUGAUAAAUAUACUGAUAAAUCGGAUGACUAUGUAAAUAGGAAGAUGUGUGUUUAUUCUUACUGAAGAGUAUAAUAAAUAACUAUUUUCAUAAGGA